AUGGCCUGUAACAUCAUAACAUGCCGUUGUAUACAGAAAUAUUUACCAUUAUUAAGUUCACUGAUUUUUUUUCUUAUAUUUUUUUAUACUAAUGCUAUUGUAACAACAAUUGCUGAUCGUAUUGCACCUUAUUAUCGACCAGCAUUACCUGAUAUUGGUCAUAAACUAUUACCUUAUUGGAGUUAUUUUCAAAUAAAUAAUUAUUUGAUUAUUAUUGCUUAUGUAUUUAUAUUUAUAAGAUUUUUACCUCAAUCAGACAUUCGUGUCACUGUUUUUCGUCGUUGGUUUUUUGUACAAGGUAUUAUGUUUGGCAUGCGCAGUAUUUCUAUUUAUGUUACUUCACUUACUGUACCACAGCCAGGUUGUAUCACUAAUAUAACAGAAUUAGCAACACCACCAGUCGAAGCUUUUUAUGUUAUAGUUGGAAUACGUGCGACAUGUGGAGAUGUACUUUUUUCAGGUCAUACAGUGGCAUUAACAAUUUGUGCUCUUUGUUGGACAACAUAUGCUCGUGCAGAAGAAUAUCGACCUUUUUUAUUUCUUUAUCGCAAAUGUGGUUGUAAACGACGAUGUCAUUGUCCAGAAUGGUUAAUUCGACCAAAAUUAGAUGCUGUAGGAGAUCCAAUGACACUUUAUUUAACAACUUAUUUUGUUUGGUUUUAUACUGUAGUUGGUUAUUUCAUUAUUAUUGCUACUCGAUUUCAUUACACUGUUGAUGUAUUUCUUGGAUGUUUAUUAACAGUACUUACUUGGUAUACAUAUCAUGCUUAUGUUAAAAGACUUUUAGAGAAAAGAAGAUUUAUUAUUGCAAGAAUAUUUAUUUGGUUUGAAGGAUUAGAAGGUGAUGCAUCAACAUCUAUAAGUUUACUCAAUGGACCUGUAAGAAAUGAACCAACAGAAUUACCACCUGUUGCUGUAGUUAGUGCUGGUGAUGCAAGAUAUUAA